AUGGAAACUACUACAACAACAGUACCAGUAGAACUUGGCUUUGCAGAACUUUCUGAAUUACCUUUAACAUCUGACAUAUUUCCAAGUAAAAUUGGAGGAAAACCAGCAUGGCUAAAUCCUAAACAUAUAUUAUCAUUUGAACAAGUUAAAUGUG